AUGCAAAUGGAGCAACGGAGCAGCAAUGUGGAAGAUUUCCCUGUUAAUGUAUUUUCCGUGACUCCCUGUCAACCUAGAACCCCUGGAGUCCAGGUGUCAGAUGGUGAUAAGGCUGGGGCCACAUUGCUAUUCUCAGGUGUCUUUUUGGUUCUAGUGGGCAUAACUUUCACAAUAAUGGGCUGGAUUAAAUACUAUGGCACCAGUGAUUUAGAAUGGACACAGUUACUAGGACCGAUUCUACUUUCUGUGGGAGUCACUUUUGUUCUGAUUGCUGUUUGUAAGUUCCGAAUGUUAACUUGCAAAACUUGCAAGCAAAUUAAUGAGAGUGCAUUGGAGACUGAGCAAACGCCCUGUGGACAAUCAUUUGUUUUUACAGGAAUUAAUCAACCUAUAACUUUCCAUGGAGCUACUGUUGUACAGUAUAUUCCUCCUCCAUAUGCAUCUCCUGCCCAAGAUGGCAUUACCAUGAACACAACCCGCUUGCAAUCGCUGAACAACGCUCAGAACACUAAUCUAGCUGAUGGCACUACAGGGACAACCCCAUGCCCUCCACAGUACUAUACCAUCUACCCUCUGGAUAGCACAGCUUUUGCAGGAGAUGAUAAUUGCCCUCCUUACCAAGGACCAGAGAACGAAAUAAUCAGGUCUGAGGAAAGCCAAGAUGAAUCAGAAGCCAUGUUAACUGUUGAUGAAGUGCCUGAUAGCAUUCCGCCACCUUCAUAUGAUGAAAUCUUCCCGGUAGUGAGUGAGGAUACUGUAGAACGUUAACUCUGCUGAGUUUGUCAAGCUACAUGACUGAAACAUGAUCAUGAUUAAUGUUCAACUUAAUCCCAA